AUGCCUCCAACAACCACACCUACCUCCAUCGCAAUCUAUCGCGCCUCCGACCUCGACAUCACCGGCCCCGCCCAUCACGAGCAAUACCAAGUCAUUACCAGCCCCGUCCCCCCCCCCCCUUUCUCCCCAUCCGGCGUGUUCAACGCAUCCUUCCCCGACAAUGGCUUCGGCUCAAACAGCACCACCAACGGCAUCUCCGAGCUGCGCACCUGGAGCGCCAGUCCCGAGGACGGGGUGGAUUUCGACCUCACCUUCUCCACCUCCGCGACUAUCCUCCUAAACGGCGGCGUUGGCUUCUUCGAGUCCUGCAACAGCACCGUCUACGAGAGGAGCAGACCCGCAGGCGUCGCGCGCGGCUGGAUCGCCGUCGACCCGGAGCGUUCGCUGACCUGGUACGACCGGCAGUGGGGCGGCGCACCCCCAGGUUGGCAGUGGUUCGAGAUCCAUCUCGAGAACUCCGACCCGAAGGACUAUGACGUGCCCAUGUCCGUAAGGGUGUGA